CUGACCGAACGAACGAACGAACGAACGAACGAUACGAAUACACUCGCUGUUUCCUUCUUUUUCUGCCGGCAAAAAGAAACGUAGCUCUGGAUUGAACGUUGGGAAUUGGAAAUAAAUAAGAGCCGACUAUCGAUUGUCGGGCUGUGGCGUCUAGACUGACCAGCCACUCGGAAGCGACAGAUUGUGCUUUCGCUUUCCCUUUGUUGAGAAUCUACCUUCGUUUCUUUUCGUGCUCGCCGACUUUCUCUCACGAUGCGUUCUUUCUGCCAGUUGGCCGUUCUGGCUCUGCCAUUGAUGAGCACUGCCGUUGGUGCUGCACCAAACAAACAAGCCGACCACCCUAAGACCAUCUACGCAAGCGCACACGAAGCGUUUCAGGACUUGUUGAAUGCGCUGCCAGAGGAAUCUCUGCAAGCUGCAUUGAGCGGACUCAAGGACUUCAAGAAUGGCGUCUUCGAGUCGCAUCACCGGGGCGUCGAACACAUCCACAACGAAGACCCGGCGCUGGCUACGAAGCUUAUCGUGGACGCUGUCAACGACUUGAAGAAGAGACAGGCGCCUUCGGGCAACGGCACCACCACCGUCAUUGAGUCUGCGGCGCCUGCGCCACAGUCAAGUGAGGCACCACCGCCAGCUGCAUCCACCGUCACGAAUGUGCAGACACAACAGCAAGAGACAACGGUCACGCAGGUACAGACGCAAGAGGGCACCACAGUCACACAGGUGGAGACACAGACACAGCAGCAGUCGCAACCCCCAGCGACCCAACCCCAAGAGACCAACGACGCAACAACAACAGCAAACCCCCCUCCGGCCGCAACCGUCACUAACACGCAGCAACAAACCAUAACCCAAGACGGCACAACCAUUGUCCAAACCGCCACCCAGGUGCAAACCACGACGACCCAGCAGCGCCCCGCCAUCAUCACCGUCGAAGCCACCGAAACCCAAGACGGCAAAACCAUAGUCCGCACCACACAAGUCCUCUCCGAAGUCACCGCCUCCGUCCCCGUAACCCGCACCCUGACCAACGUCGCCGGCGGCUCCACCGUCGUCCGCACAGAAACCCAGAACCGCCCCGCCGUCAUCCGCACCACGACCGAUUCCGCAGGCCGCACCACCGUCACCACAUCAGCCGCAAACUACGCGCCCACAGCUGGCGAGGUGCAGACCGAGACGGACGAGCAAGGGUCCACCUUCUUGACUACGUAUACACCCGGUGGCGGCUUGGUCAGCUCCAUCAAGCUUAUUACGACGACGGAUGCAGAGGGCCGCCCUAGUACCAUGACGAGUUAUACCUUUGUCGAUCCUAUUCAGGCCACUGCGACGGGUGGCGGUAAUGGAGCGCUUGCUUUCUUGUUCUAGGAAGCAAUGAUGAAGGAAAGUGUUGAAAAAAGGGAAUGGAUAUGAUUCGGGUAUAUAAAUAUAUUACGAGAACACGACAUUUGCAUUUUGGU